AUGGAGCAGGAGCUGCGGAGCGGCGGGGCGGUCAGGGCGCAGAGCACGCUGUGCUUCUCCGGCGCGCUGGUGGACGGGCCCCGGAUCCAGCAGCUGCUCCUCCACUGCGCCGCCGCGCUCGAGUCCAACGACGUCACGCUGGCGCAGCAGGCCAUGUGGAUCGAGAGCGUCGUCGGCGCCGACGGCACCGAGCGGUCCGAGUCCGGCGCGCGGCUCGCGGAGAGGAUGCGGCGCAAAGGGUUCGCCGGCGUGGGGUUCGGCGAGGACGAGGUGGCCGAGGUGCGGCACCUGCUGAGCGAGCACGCGACGGGGUGGGGCGUGAAGCGGGAGGAGGACAUGCUGGUGCUCACGUGGAAGGGGCAUGCAGCCGUGUUCACCACUGCCUGGGCGCCCAACUAA